AUGACGGGCAAGGUCGAAAUCAAAUCUGUUGCCAUCAUCGGAUGCGGCAGCAUGGGUGGUGGUAUGGCCCUGCUGUUUGCCGAAAAAGGAAUUAAGGUGUCCCUUAAUGAUCCUUCGGAGCAGACCGUCAACCAAGUCCUGGAACAGGCAAAGAAAGCCGGUGUGGCUGACAAGGUGGAAAAGCAUGAAGACUAUGCCGACCUUUGCAAGAGCUUGGGAUCGCCGAGAGUUUUCCUGUUCAGCUUGCCACACGGAACUGUUGGUGACACCGUCGUUGAAAACCUUCAUCCCUAUUUGGAAAAGGGCGAUAUUAUUAUCGAUGCAGGUAAUGAGCACUGGCUUAACACGCAGAGACGUCAAGGGAAAUGCCUGAACCAGGGCGUCUAUUAUGUUGGUAUGGGUGUCUCGGGUGGAUAUCAAGCAGCAAGGCGAGGCCCUUCCAUGUGCCCAGGAGGACAAGAAAUCGCUCUGGAGAUGGUCAUGCCAUUACUGGAAAAGGUGUGCGCAAGAGACUCCAAGGGAAGACCAUGUGUUGGAAAGGCCGGGAACGGGGGUGCGGGCCAUUAUAUCAAGAUGAUUCACAAUGGCAUAGAACAAGCGAUGAUCAGUGCAGUCUCAGAAGCUUGGCAAAUAAUGAAGGUCUCUCUUGGGAUGGGUGCCGACGAGAUUGGGAAUGUUUUUGAAAAAUGGGCUGCUGAUGGCGAGCUGAGAAAUACUUUCCUCGUAAACAUUGCAGCUGACAUUUGUAGAACCAAGGACGAAAAGGGCGACAAAGUACUCGAUUACGUCCAGGAUAAGGUUGUGCAAGAUACAGAUGAGACCGAAGGUACUGGCAUCUGGUCAAACGAGGAGGCAGUGCGAUUGCAUGUACCUUCCCCUUCGCUGACUACUGCGCACUAUUUCCGGCUUGCUUCCGCCGAUCGGGCUCAGAGGGAGCGUGUCGAAAAGGUCUUUGGAGGCAGUUUUCCAAUUGAAAAGAUUGCACUGCAAAGCGCCAAGGAGAAGGAUGCUUUCUUAGAAGAUCUCAGACAGGCGGUCUACGCUGCUUGUCUGGCGUCGUAUGUUCAAGGAUUGAUCAUAAUUGACAAGGCCGACCGCGAAAAUAAGUGGGACGCGAACUAUGGCACCAUCAUCCAGAUAUGGAGAGCGGGAUGCAUUAUUCAAGCCGACUAUAUCGCGGACCUUCUUGAAAAUCUCUACAAGAAUGAGCAUGGUCGACAGGAUAACAGAAAUCUCCUCUACGAGUCUCGUAUUGCUGAGGAGUUCAAAAAGACUUUCCCGGCCUUGAAGCGUGUAGUCGCCAAGGGAACGGAAGCAAACUCCAUCAUUCCGAGCAUAAGCGCCAGCCUUGAAUAUCUCAAGUUUUCCAAUAACCUUGAAUUGCCUACCCGGUUCUACGAGGCUGAGAUGGACUAUUUUGGGAAGCACAUGUUUGACCUUAAAUCCGAGCCGGCUGGUCAACCAGUUACAGGAAAGCACCACUUUGAAUGGAAGGCCGCGUAA